GACCUGUAACCUGGUUUAAUUUCAGAUUUCUAGCAUCUUACAAUACCGAUCUCUUUGGCAAUUUUUCUCAAAAAGUUACUUUGUUCAUAACAUUUGUAAAACUACGUUAGAAAAAUCUGGACUUAAAUUACAGACAGCAAUAAAAUUCGACAUCUCUCCACACAGAAUGUUAGGUGUCUGAAUACAGUGAUAAUACUCUUAAUAUAUUAUUUCUCUUUUGCACAAUAUACUUCAAUAAAAUGUCAAAAAACACAGCACAUUUCAAUUGAAUAAUACAAUAUUUGCAAGAAAAUUCAGCUGCUAUAUCAUUCGAUUAUAAUAGAUUUACAAUUUACAAAAUAUAUGCUAUGAACGGUUUGCAGCCUAGGGCAAUAUUUCACUGAGGUGCUUCUCCAUCUAUAUUUUCAAUACUGUUGCUUUACAACGUGAAUUUUUUGUUAAUAUUUUGAUGUUUUAUUUCAAAAGUAUACUUUAUUCAUUAAAAAACUUGUUAAUAUUUUGAACGAAUUAGAAUUCGCAAUUUAUAUAUUCUGCCACUGAGAGCGAUACCUCCAGCCAGUUUCAAUUCUGGAACUGGCUUUCCUGUCUUUAAGUCCGUCUUUAAAAGCGACCUCUUGUCGAAAAUUCGAGUUAGCUACCUGUAACUACAUGGCAAAUGUUUGUCCGAUUGCGUGGGUUCCGAAUCUCCUUAAGGGCGCUACCUAAAUGCAGGUCGCUCUUUUCUCUCUGCAAGUGAGAAAGUCCAUCGGAAAAUUUGCAUUUUGGGCACCUCUCCGAGAACCUGGAGGGGAGGUGUUUCUGUUUGAGCUGACGGCUCUGGGGUUGGAACUCCAGUGAGCGUCAGUCAGACGGAUGAGGAAGUAGCGGAGUAAGCCCGGUUGGCUUCUACUUCGCUAGUGAACAUGUAUGUGUAUCCGGCUCCGGAUCCCUGCCGGGGGAGUAAGCGGAUGGGGUGAUACCAGCAAUCCCCCACUCGUAUGGGAACCAGCAGCACCGGGCAUAGCCCCCCGGCGGGGGAGCUGAGUCCGCCCCUGGAGGCGUGGACUUGUGGCUACUGCGGGAAGGACUCGUUCUGUGCCCAGGGUCUCAUGGCUCACAAAUUGUCAGUCCACGAUUACCAGCUGCUGCUGAACAAAGGAUGGGUUAGGAGUGGAAAGUAUCUGUACAAAGCCGCUAUGCCUAUUACAUGUUGUCCCACCUACCCCAUGAGGUGCCACGUCUUGGACUUUCGAAUAUCCAGGUCACAACGCCGAGUUCUAAAGAAAAUGAGGAAACUCUUAACAUGCACAGGUGGUUUAGUGAAGGAGACAGCUGGGGUUAGCUCCAAGGAGGACAACAGGUGCCAUAAUAGGGAGCAGGUCCCUGAAACUGCACCAGGCAAAUCAACCACUGGGCAGACAACGUGGGCAUUAUCCGAGAGGUCUGAGGAACAAUGGUCAGAGGGAAACCGAGCGUCGGAUCAGCGGGGGGUGAGCAGCAGCCAGAGCUGGCCUGUUGAAGAUGAGGACUCUCAGAUGCAUACCUGCCACAAAGCCAAAGAAAGCCGGACAGAGCUCCUACAGAGUCCAGAGAGGGGACAGCAGGCAGAGCUGGACUCCACAGAGUCAGACUUGGUGGGACUGACGGAGCGCAAGGCCCCAGGUCAGGAAUCCGGUCCUUUGCCAGGUCCGCAGCCAUCCUUGUCACAAACCUCCAUGAGCACUGUGCACCCAUCUCCCAUCCCACCUCCACUUCAUUCCAAGCCUGAGCCUAGCCAUACUAGAUCAUUAGAGGAGCUCAUAGUGGACAACACGCCUGUCACAUCAUUGCACCAGCUGGAGGUGAAGCUACUGCGACUUUCUCCUCCAAGCCCUGAGCUACACGCUACAUUUGGUGAAUCUUACAAAGUCUACAGGCGCUACCAGAUGCAUGUGCACAAAGACACUGAAGUGAUGGCCUCGGAGGCAGAGUACAGAAGGUUUUUCUGUAGCACUCCACUCAUGGGGGAGGACCCAGCAGAUGGCCCAGACACUGGCUAUGGCUCUUUCAUUGAACAGUUCCUGCUAGAUGGGAAAAUAAUAGCUCUCGGCUUGUUAGAUAUACUACCGGAAGGAAUUAACUCCCAGUACCUUUGCUAUGAUCCAGAUUACUCUUCCCUCUCAUUGGGAGUCUACUCUGCACUCAGGGAAAUAGCACUAACUCAGAGGUUGAAUGAGAAAGUUCCAAGUAUGAAGUAUUAUUACCUGGGCCCUUAUGUGCACUCCUGCGUUAAAGUGAAAUAUAAGGUAAGCACAGAAGGCACAGGAAACCCUGUGCAAGUCUGUCUUUCACUGUUCAGGUGAGGAAUUUGUUGCAAAUUAAUAAUUAAUCAUUUCAGUCUUCUUUACAGUUGGCCAAUGACUGAGAGGAUAACUCCUUAUGGUCUAUCCACACAGUUGUAACCCCUUGCGUCUUACAAACUACAAAUAUCCCAUCAGGCCCCGUGAAACAAGUGACCGUCUGAAGGAGAGGAAAAAGACAGAUUAAAAAGCCAGGCCAAUUUUGGGGGAGAGUUCCAACUGAUACCACUUGCCGACCCCUUUGUUGCAAUCGUCUUGGCGUGAUGAUUCCCUGUAGUAGCUACUCUGUUUUAUGUAGAUUUUCUAUCUGAGCUAGAAGCUGGCCCAGUUCUAAUUUGAAAUGAACAACACUCCAUCAUCUGAGAUAGCCACCUGUUUCUGAGGCUCACUCCUUUCUGGGGAAAAGACCAUCUUGUGAUGAUCACCCUAGAUCUGGCCUCAACUUAAAACUGUGUAGCCCCCCACACCUCCCUAAAAAUAUUCACGAGAAACAAUCAACAUGAACACCAUCUAUUCCCUUUGUCAUCUUUUAAACCUAACUGUCCAGUAGCAUUUUUGACUUGAUUUGACAGAAUAGUGUCCUGAUUGUAAUGAGGUCAGCCAGAUGGACCUCCUAGAAUAGGAGAUCCCUGACUGGAGCUGUUAAUCUGGUCCAAUCAGGGAGCCUUGGCUGACAAAUUAGAGUGUCAGAAGUUCUAUUCCUUCUCAGAGCUGGCUCUGAGGAAGCUGCACCAGUGUCAAGGACUCUCUCCAUAUGUAAAUAAAGGGUAACCUGGUAAUGGGAUACCAGCCUCCCUGGAGUUAUUUCAAGUAGAAAUGUAUGAAUAAUACCUUUCCUUGGAGCACAGGGUCUACACUUGUAAUAUUACAUAAGAACUUGGGAUAAAGUAGGCCAUUCAGUCCCUUGAGAAAGUUGUGACGUUCAAUAUAAACGCAGCCUCCACUCUACUUUCCUGCCCACUCUCCAUAACCCUUCAAUCCAUUGCUAAUUUUAAAAAAGUCUACGUCUUCCUUAAGUUGCUUUGGGGUCCUGGGGUCCUGGCGUCCACCACACUCUUCGAAGUGAAUUCCACCAAUUCACAGUCCUUUGAGAGAAGUAAUUUCUCUUCAUCUCUGUUUUACAUCUGCCGCCCCUUAUCCUAAAACAGUGACCUCUCGUUAUGGAAUGCCCACCCACUUGCCCCAUUUCUACUUUGGCAAUUCCCAUUAGCAUCUUUUUUCUUUA